AUGGCAAUCGGCACCAGUUUUGUCAUCACCAAAAAGGGUUUGAUGCAAGCCUCGGAGAGACAUGGUUUCGAGGGCGAAGGAUUCUCAUAUCUGAAAAGUCCCGUGUGGUGGGGAGGUGUUAUUACAUUGGCAUUGGGUGAAAUCGCAAAUUUCGCCGCAUAUGCGUUCGCUCCCGCGAUUCUUGUGACGCCGCUGGGUGCGCUGAGCGUCUUGAUCGGCGCCGUUUUGGGAUCAUACUUCCUGCACGAGCGACUAGGGACACUGGGCAAGCUGGGUUGCGCCAUGUGCCUGCUGGGAUCGGUCGUCAUCGUCCUUCAUGCGCCCCCGGAUAAGCCCGUUGAUAGAAUUGACGAGAUUCUGGCCUACGCCUUGCAGCCCGGUUUCCUUCUCUACUGCGUCGUGGUAUCCGUUUUCUCGACCGUUAUGAUCUAUCGUGUUGCGCCCGCGCACGGGAAGAAGAACCCCCUCAUCUACAUUUCGAUCUGCUCCACCGUCGGCUCCGUCUCCGUCAUGUCCGUCAAGGCCUUCGGCAUCGCGGUCAAGCUCACACUGGGCGGCAACAACCAAUUCACCCACGCCUCGACCUACGUCUUUAUGAUCGUGACCGGCUUCUGUAUCCUGACGCAGAUGAACUACUUCAACAAGGCCCUGAACCAGUUCUCUACCACGAUCGUGAACCCGCUGUACUAUGUCACUUUCACCACCGCCACGCUGUGUGCCUCCUUCAUCCUCUUCAAGGGCUUCAACACCACCGAAGCCGUGAACACGAUCUCGUUGCUCUGUGGCUUCUUGAUCAUCUUCUCGGGCGUCUACCUGUUGAACCUCUCGCGGUACGAUCCUGACGGACACCAGCUGGUCAACCCCAAGAUGGAGGACGACGGAGUGCCGACGGACGGCAUCGCCGGCUACCAAACCCGGCGCUCGAUGCAGACCCGCCGCAGCACUGACGGGCGGAAUUCGGCCACCUACAUGAAUGGACAUGGGGACCGGGAAGGUCUGAUGCAUGCCUAUGACGUCGAAAACCAGGCAUUCGGCAUGUCUGACUUGACCGAGGAGAGCGAUGGCGAACCAGGCCCGACAUAUAAGCGGGAUGGGGAAGUUACACACACGUCGCAUCCACCAGAUAAACAUGAUGAGCGAUAG